AUGAUGAGCAUAUACUUGAGGAGGAUUUCAGGCCGGACAGAUAACGUUGAUUAUCUCACCAAGAAGCUGAUUAGCCAAGGCAUUGAACCAAGAAACCACAAGCCUCUACUCGUAAACCCUACCAAUUCCAACCACCCCAAAAACCAUACCCUCUCCUCCUCCUCAGUUCCCAUAAUCAAACCCACACCCAUUCACGUUGGUCUUUCCAACCAAGACAAGACAGUGAAGAUCAAUAGCAGUACUACUGUUAACGUUGUUGGAGGGACGACGACAAAUCAUCAGAUUGAUCAGCCCAACAGCGUGGGAGGGACGAAGAAUCAUCAGCCUACUGGAAAUGGGGAUGAGGAGUUUAACGUGGAUAUCCGAGACGAUAAUGAGGAUAAUGUUGGGAUGGAUUUUUGCCCGGACGAGGAUGCGUUUUCGACGUUCUUCGAUUCGUUGAUGAACGAGGAUGUGUUCUUCGCUGCUGCCCAAAACAACCAACAAUCUAAUCAUCACGACAUUACCCCCCUACUGCUGGAUGGGUUGAUGAUGAUGAUGAUUUUCUACCAUGAUUUGGAUCCACACCUACCCAAGGAGGGUGGAGCCGCGGCGGCCGGAGAUAAGAAGAAGAAGAGGGUGAAGAAGUCAUCGGAGAUGUACAAGAUCUACAUCUUCAAGGUGCUGAAGCAAGUUCAUCCUUGA